AAGCUAUUGGCUCAGGCUGGUGUCCAUCAGUAUGAUGUCAUGCUCCCGCCCCCCUGUGCAUGUGACCCGGAAGUGCUUGCACAUGCUGCAGCCUCAGAGCAGGAACCUAGGCUGCUGCACUCAAUCCGCCAUGUCUGCUCGCUGUAAGGCACAGACCCUGCAAGUGAUAGACACUGAGUACAGCGCCGAUGCUGUCGAAUGGUGCCCCCUGGACGACUGGGAUACUAUCUUGGCAUGUGGAACGUACCAACUAAAGAAGCCGGAGGGUAAGGAGGAUACCGAUGACCCCCACACCCGCCUGGGACGUCUAUAUCUGCACCGUUACUCCCCCGAGCAGAAGUUUUCUCCCAUGACUGAGCUGCAGCGACUGGAGACAGCCGCCAUAUUGGACAUGAAAUGGUGCCACUUACCAGUCGCUGGGCACCCCAUGCUGGCCAUGGCCAAUGCCAAAGGGGCUGUGGAACUGUACAAGCUUACAGGCAGCAGGGAGAGCUGCGCCAUUGAGCUUACGUACAACAUGGAGGUGGGACAGGAAUGCCUCGCUCUGUCUCUGGACUGGUCCACUGGGCUCAGAGAGAGCGGCUGCCCCAUAAAGAUCAUCUGCAGUGACUCCAGGGGCCGGCUGAGCCUCCUUCAACUGGACGAAUCGUCCCCCUCGCUGGAUAUUCUGUGCCAAUGGGAAGCACACGGGUUUGAGGCCUGGAUCGCUGCCUUUAACUACUGGAACUGCAACGUGGUCUACUCAGGAGGAGACGACUCUUUGCUGAAAGUGUGGGACACCCGAACCCAACCAGAUCGGCCGCUGUUAACCAGUAAAAGACAUUCUAUGGGAGUGUGCAGCAUCCAGAGUAACCCACACCGAGAGAAUGUCCUGGCUACAGGGAGUUACGACGAGCAUGUCCUAUUGUGGGAUACAAGGCAGAUGAAGCAGCCUGUGUCCGAUACCCAUGUUCAGGGGGGCGUUUGGAGGCUUAAAUGGCACCCGAUUCACAGUAACCUGCUUCUAGCCGCCUGCAUGCACAGCGGAUUCCACAUCCUGGACUGUGACUUUAAAUCAGAGGAAUGUCCAAUCCUGACAUCGUACGUUCUGCACAACUCUUUGGCGUACGGAGCCGAUUGGGCUAGAUGUUCUUCCCAGCCUGCACUGCUGACCAAUCAGGACGCGGCAGCUCUGCACUGCAGGGAAUCCACAGGGAGUAUCAGCGACUGCAGAACUCAGAAUCUCGACAGAUCCAAUCAGAACCUGAAGAUUUUCUACGAGUCUCCCACCGCCAGUUUCGAUGUGGUGCUGGAGGACGAGUCUGGCGAAUACGUGCCCGAAACCAACCCGUUACAGAAAGACGCCCCCCCGCCUGCGGAAACAGCAGUGUCUCUUUAUUCACCCCCAGACAGCAGCGUGCUGGCCACAUGUUCCUUCUAUGAUCACAUGCUCCACGUCUGGAGAUGGGAGUGUCAGCGGGCUCAGUCUUCGGAAUAAUUGCGCUUACGUGGGUUGUAGGAGGAGUCAUCAGUGGGACAUGAGAUCCUAAGGUUUUUAUAACUACGCCUACCUCAAAGCAACCAGCAGAGACUCUCCAAACACCACUAUUCCCAUUUUUUUCUUCCCUACGAAUAGUCCCUGACUUUUAUAUUUGUAUUUACAUGUCGGGGAUCACUGCUGCCGUAAGGGUUGCGCUGGCAAAUACAUGCUCUUCUAUAAUGAACUGUGGAGGAAGCCUCAAUAGAAGUAAUCAGUAUGGCAGCUACAAUUCUUAAGCAUUAAAAAAAAAAAACCCGUAACAGUAGAGGGGUAUGGUU